AAAUUCUUUUAAAACAUCAUUGUCUUGAUGAUAAAAUCAGCCAGACCACUCAGUGUGCUCUGACCGCUCGAUCCGUAUAGACACCGAAUCAAAAGUUAAGCAUCAUGGCCGAUGAGAAGAAGAAGAUCAAGAAGAAGAAGACCAAGGAAGAGGGAGGUGCUUCUGAAACCGCUUCUGAAGCUGCAUCUGAGGCAGCAACCCCAGCACCAGCUGCAACUCCAGCACCAGCCUCAACAACUGGUUCAAAGAGAGCGUCAGGUGGCUCACGCGGCUCAAAGAAAUCAAAGCGCGCUGGUUCCAGUGUGUUCUCUGUUUUCUCGCAAAAACAAAUUGCUGAAUUCAAGGAAGCUUUCCAACUAAUGGAUGCUGAUAAGGAUGGCAUUAUUGGCAAAAAUGAUUUGCGUGCCGCCUUCGAUUCCGUCGGCAAGAUCGCUAACGACAAAGAAUUGGACUCUAUGUUGGGUGAAGGAUCUGGUCCAAUCAAUUUCACACAAUUGUUGACCUUGUUCGCCAAUCGCAUGGCUCAAUCUGGUGCCAACGAUGAAGAUGAAGUUGUCAUUGCUGCCUUCAAAACAUUCGAUAAUGAUGGUCUGAUCGAUGGUGAUAAAUUCCGUGAAAUGCUCAUGAGCUUCGGUGACAAAUUCACCAUGAAGGAAGUCGAUGAUGCCUUCGAUCAAAUGGUCAUUGAUGAUAAGAACCAAAUCGAUACACAAGCCCUCAUUGAAAUGCUUACAGGCAAGGGUGAAGAAGAGGAGGAAGAAGCAGCAUAAGGUUAUUGUCUUUAAAUGUAAAUUUUAAUGCAGAAAAAAAAAAAAAUUCGUGAAAACAAAAACAAAA